CCAAUCAGUAUUUUUAAUAUAUCCAAAAUAAUUUAAGUGAAUGAUUUAAAAAAAGAAUGGAUGAAAUAAAAACUAAGAGAAUUUUUAUCGGAAAUCUUUCUCCAAAUGUCUGUGAAGAUGAUUUGGAUGUCUUAUUAUUACCCUUUGGAAAAAAAACAGCUUCUUUGGAGAUUAUUCGGAAAUUACAAGGAGCUAUUAAUUGUUUUGCAUAUGCUUCAAUGGAAAUGACAGAAUUAUCAUGGCUUCAAUGCAAAAAUGUUUUGAAUCAGUCCAUUUUUAUGUCUCAUCAAUUACAGAUUGAAGAAGCAAAACCUUCAUAUCAAAUUUUGAAUGCAAUAGAAAAGCAGAAAAACGAACUAUCUUUUAUUUUACAUACGAAAUCAAGAAAAAAACAAACUAAAAAUGUAUUAUGUGGUUAUUUAAUCAAAAAUAAAGAUUUGACAAUUAAUAAACUAUUAAAAAACUCAGAAAAAAACAUAUCCAGAAGUAAUAAAAGAAAAAUACUUUUUAAUCUUAAAAACAAAAUAAAUUUAAAGAAGUUAUCUGGAAAAGCAAGUAAAAAAAAUAUUUUAGAGCUUACAUAUAUGUUUGAUGAUACACUUGGUCAAUGGAUCAAUGGAACAUGUAACCAACUAAAAUUUGAUGAAAAUAAUCUAAAAACUAAAAAUAUAUAUUUAUUAAAAGAAAUAGAAGCUAAUAUAUUUGAUAUAUCAAAAGAAAAUGAUAAGCAAUCUAAGCAAAAUAAAGAAAAGGAUUUAUUAAUUUUAGAUAAAAUAUCUAAUGCUACUUUAAAAAAAAGCUCAAAUAGUGAAAUAAAACUUAAUUUAUUAAAUGAAACAAAUUUAAAAGAUGUUUUUGCUUCAAAAGUAAAAAAAUCAGUUAUCAAUGUAAAAGAUUUAAAAUCUAUAUUUGGCUCAAAAAAAAAUUCAGAUCCACAUGACAUAAAAGAAAAUAGUUUUUGUUUUUUUAAAAACAAUGAUUCAGAUUUAGAAAAUAAAGAAAGCAUUUUUUAUAGUAAAAAUACAAAUAUUAAUACAAAUAAUAUUCAUAAAUCUUCUAUGCAGUGUUUUAUGAAUAGUGAUUCUACGGAAUUUUCUUUAUUUUUUCCUCAUUUUGAUAAUCCAGAAUUGCAUUCUAUGUCUAUUUUUAGCAAAGUUCCUAGUAUGUUUUUUCAAGAGAUUGAUAAUGAAAAAAUAAAAAAGAAUUGGAUGAAUACUAGAUUAGAAUUUACUAAAAAUUGGAAACGCAAAUGGAAAGAUGCUCAAAAAAAGAAGCGAAAAUUAACUUAUAAAAACAAUUAG